CAAGGCUACAAAUCUGUAGCUGAAGUAUAUUUCGUCGUUUCAUCUAUUCAACUGAAGGUGACUUACCGCUUUGUCAACAUGAUCUUGAUCUGGAGAUAAUUCGCAACUGUAAGAAUGUUUUAUGCUCUGACGUAAGGAUUGGGUUCAAGGAGUGUAGCAUUGGUUUAGAUGCUUUACCUAGAUGCAGCUGAUAUUGAAUUGUAUUGGGUCUAAACCACUCAAAAGUGCAUUUCACUCGCUCAUGUAUCGAAGUGGAAGGUGCUUCCAGUUGACUUAAGUGAAGUCAUAUUUGCUGACAGUCUCAUGCUCCAGAGAUAAAUAGUAGACUUAUACCCCUGUGCCUGGAUUAAUUACUUCGUAAAGAACAUUUUUGAUUGAAGGAAUAGGAGGAAGAUGAAGAAAUCCAUCAUAAUUUGGACACUGAUGGUCUAGUGAAUGUGCAUAAGUUGGACACGAAGAGGCUUUAAGAAACUUCCAUUCACACUGGUCUAUUAAGAAUUCCAUCUGGCAAACUAACAGGAAGUCAUUUAAUGUGAAGUGUUCGCCAGACAUGUGUGGAAUAAAUUGAUGGCAUGCUGGGGGUUGUUUAUAAUUUGGAAAUCUCCUAUUCGAGAUGCUUCGGAUUUAGUGAUACAGGCGUGUGUAUGAGCAAUGACAAGGAGAUAAUGGUGGAUAUUGUUCACUAAGGAAAUAUUGGUGUGUUUCUGAUUCAUCCAUGUCCACAGCUCAGCAAAGGAUGCCUGUCCCUCGCCCUCCUUGCUGCGAACACUGUGGAUGUUCUCACGGAUCGGUUACUCAAAGACCAGUCAAGCAGUCGUUCUGUGGCUCACUGCGCCGUGACACCCACUGGAAGUGCCUCAUCCUGACCUGCCUCAUCUACGGAUGCCUAGCAGCUAUCUCAUGGUGCAGAUUAUCACGCAUCACUAAAGUCAUUAAAGACUUCUACGACGAAUCCGUAAUUCAAACAAGCCAGUCCGGGCCGUGUGAUGAAGGAUACGUCUACAUUCCAGUUGCGUUUGUGGUGAUGCUGUACUUGGUGUAUUUGGUCGAGUGUUGGCAUUGCCACACCCGCAUUGAACUCCAGUACAAAAUAGAUGUGACUUCUGUGCAUGAGUUGGUGCAGUACAUGAGGGAAGCUAUCCCGAUCAUAUGGUGGAAGGCAAUAUGUUAUCAUUAUGUGCGACGGACUAGACAGGUCACCAGAUACCGUAACGGUGACGCAUUUACGACUACUCAGGUAUAUUAUGAACGCGUUAACUCGCACACGGCUGGAUGUGCACUCAAUUUCAGCCGGUGUGGUUAUAAAGAUAUCUCAAAAAUACUCCGCGGUUUAGAGGAAUAUCCUGCAACGAAAAUCAAAUUCACGAAAGGAUUUUCGUUUGCUACUGUUGAGGCUGAGAGCGAGUUUGAAGACCAGCGGUCGCAAUUCUUUCAGGAACACGAACGACGGGAUGACUAUAUGGAAACGCGUGAAGGAAUGGAUUUACUGAAUGUGAACUUCAAGGAAUAUUUAAUUGCCUUCGCUGACCCUGAUAAUCUUCCUUGGUAUGUUUCUCAUGCAAUAUUCUGGGUUGCUUCUAUUCUUCUGCUGUCUUGGCCGUUACGGGUUCUGAUUGAAUAUAAAACUGCAUAUCUCCAUUAUCAUGUUCAUAAACUCUUCGGUACCAACUACUUGGAUCCUGCCUACAUUCCUGGUCAAAUGUCCCGAGUUAGUACAAUGUGUAGCACAGACUUUGAAUUGAAUGUAAGAAAUAACUACUCAAUUGUUCCAAGUUAUUCUGAAGCUUUGCUCAUGGAUUGUGCCCACCCUGAUCGAAUAGAGGACUCUAAUGGUAAUUUAGUGGGGACAGCUAAUGGUCACCUAAUAGCCAACAGUCAAAUGACCAACGGUGUCUCGGGACAAAAUGGCUACAUCAGUAAUGGUCACGUUCAAAAUGGUUUAAUUCAGGGUGGACGUGUGGCUCUGUUCAUACAAAACGGAGCAGUGACUUAUAGCUCCAGAGGAGAUCAAAUCGAUAUCCAAGGUGAUACUAUUCAGAAAAGGAAGAAAAAACAUCGUAGAAAGGGCCGUCGGAGAAAUCGUAGUCGUGACCGCGAGAGCAGUGAUAGUUCUCAUCGAUAUGGUCCGAAUCAACAGUCUUCUGCAACAAGUCCCGAAACGCCUGAAGAUCAGAUUUUGCAGUGCCACAUCAUACCCUCUGGGUCCUCUCAUGGAAGUAUUAGGAUCAUAACAAGCGAGUCUAUGGCAGUUGCUUCAUCAUCAAGCACAACGUUAGACAGGACUAUUGUACCCAGUGGAAGUACAGACAUUACCCACCCUCCAGGGGAAGCAGCUAUCCUUCCUGUUGGAGAAUUACCCACCCCCGAUAGUUUACAAUCUGAGGACAACAUACAAACACCAGAUAGUAUUGCAUCCAUAGAAAGUGUUCAAGUACCUAAAAGUGUUGCAUCCUUGGAUGUUCACACCUCUUGUUCAUGUAGUGGUCAGACACCGGACAGUAUUCAAUCAGGAAAUGUGGAAACACCGACCAGUAUUCAAGCGCCUGAUGGCAUGGAGAUGGAGAGGACCUGUGAUAGCCCCGCCAGUACCAGUAGUGCAUAUGUCCCUCCCCCAAUCUCUGCCGGGGAACCCCCACCUCCUUAUGAAGCCGCUUUAUCAAUGGAACGUCCACCUGGCUCCCCAGCCAGGAGCUCAACAAUGGGAUCUCCUGCUCGUAGGUCCCCAUCCAUGGGGUCUCCUGUACACCGGUCCCCCUCUGUGGGUUCUCCUGUACGUCGGUCACCAUCCAUGGGCUCCCCAGCAAGACGCUCUCCAUCCAUGAGUUCUCCCUCCAGGUCUGUCAGUAUGGGAUCUCCUGCUAGGGGGUCCCCUGCAUUCGGCUCGCCAUCAAGAUCAGCAAGAGGUUCCCAGUCGAGCAGGAGUUCACCUGGUCUGGCAUCAAGCAGGGGUUCCCCUGUUAGGAGACCGUCUCUUAAAUUCAGUAGUCAAUUAUAUUGCAUGGAGACAUCUUUAUGAAACCCACCAAAGAUAAAACAAUUUUUAAUCCAAGAGUUAUUAUUACAUGAACUGGCAAGAAUAAGUAGCAACAUUUUCUAAAGACACAACAGUGAUAAACAAAUUAAUUGUAAACUAAAAUAUGGUUUCAUGAUUUGCAUUAUGCUGAUUCAUGUUCAGCUUGUUUCAGGUUGUUCGGUUUGAACCACUGAAAGACAAAUUGCAUAUCCCAUUCCCUUAACACUCAGCAGAUCGUCACCGAGGUGAAAUUCAGCAAAAGCUGGCAUGUGCCAAACAUAUCAAAGCUGCCAAAAGCUUAAUGAAUGGGAAUCGCCACAUGAUGUCACCCACUCGUUAAAAAAACUGCCAAAUUAUCAUGUUUGUUUAUUUACCAAAGAAUUUAGAUUCGUGGAAAAAAUAUGGGAAAAAUAUUUUGGUGAGAAGAAGCAAAAGAAAUUUUGUAAUAUGCCAAAAUAAAAAUUGUGAAAAUUGCACUUUUUCAGAAAUUAUGAGACGCGAAAAUUUUGCAGCUUCUUUAAUAGUACCUAUAUCAUUUUAGCAUGUUUAGUUUAUUUUGAUAUUCUGUCAACCCGACUAAUAUGACUCUCUUUCUGUGAGGGGGGGUUGCUGGGUUGAGCUACAUAUAUAGGCAGGAGCUGGGGUUCCGAUUAGUGAUCUAAACCAACCUGACCAUUAAAUGCACAGUAAGCAAGGCAGGAAAACUAAGCCUUGAUCUGGUUACAGACAAGUUCGCACAAGUGAGAAUAGUGCUCAUUUAGGUUCUACUUUGAGAUGGCAGACACCUAUUGGUCACUUUGUGAACCUUAUUUCCUUCCAACUGGCUCCUGCUGACAGUUUCCCUUUAACACUUUUAGCGCCAUCCAACGUAGAUCUACGUCACCUUUUCAGCCCCCAAAAAACCUCCAGCGGCAGCCAGGGCGUUGAAGGAACUGACUCAUUCAGCGCAUAAAAACCAGUUGUAAAGGGAUUCUAACUUAGGGAUUUAUUAGGGGGUCCGGGAGUGCUGAAAAGGGGGUCUUUUUGGUCACUUCUUCUCACUUUGAACCAGAAAAAUAAAAUACAGCGAGCUGGCACAGUAGUCUUUUCCCUGUUGAUUCAGCAAGCUCUGGUCUUGAGGAAGCGAUUGCAAAAACCUUAUUGAUCUAUCUGUGAUAUAUUUUUUCCUUGAGGUCUGAAAAGGGGUAUUUGGGGGUGAAACUUGGGCGCUGAAAGUGUUAAUAUAGAAAGGAUAAUUGAAUACUGAGGCAGUGAGAAUUAUUGACUCAAACCACUUUGCCUCUCUAGUAUCAUUCAUUGAAAGACGAAAGUUGCAUGCCGCUUUGAUUGAUAGUUGUUGGAUGUGUUAAUUGAAUUUGAUUAAUUGUGGUAUCAGACUUGUGAUUGAUGUAAUUAUGACAUGCCAGGCUCCAGUUAAUCCGCUAGUUCUGCUGCAAGACGAGAUUGCCUUGAUUUGAUGGGAGCAUCGGGUGCCAGUCUCAUUGUAAGUCAUCAUCAUCAUCAGCAGCAGCAGCGCCGACAUCCUUUUCGAUCUCAGUCAGAAAGAUAUUAUCGUAAGUGGAAAAAAGAGUAAUAUACGAAUUCAAAUCAAUGAAAGGAAAGGUUCAACAUGUGAUAGGGUCCACCCUUACGAAAAAAAUCUCAGAUUCAGCAUGGUAAAUUCAGCGUUCACCAUGCUGAAAUCAGAGUAUACCAUGCUCACCAUGGUGAAAUAUUUCACUGUCCCAAUUCAUCAUGGUGAAGUGCUGUCAGUUUGCCAUGGUGAAUUGUGGAUAUUACCAUGGUGAAAAUGAGGCAAAUUUUUCCUAAGGGCAGGUGACACUACUGAUAUUACUCAUAGAUGAAACUGUCUGAACUAUACAGUUUUAAGGUCUUCAUAUUAAAAACUUGGAAGUCAUGCCAAAAUAAAAAAAUUUGUGUAUUAGGCAAGAAUGUAAAAACAGACUCAUCCAUCAUGUUGAAAAACCAGUCUUAAAAUUUUUAUGGACGAUGAAGGGGAUUCAGGUUAUCAGAACGAAAUAUGAUUACCUGCUAAGAGUAUUGUCAAUUUCACAGGUCAAAGAAAACUUAUCACUGGAAAAUCAAAAUGUCAAGUCGUUAAAUCGACAGCCAUUCCUCUAUAAACUUGACCAAGAUUUUUGGUAAGUGGACCGUUAAUGGACAAUUAAAUGCAUCCGAGGGCACUCCUGGAUGCGCCCAGUAAAUAACCCGAACAAUUUGCCUACUGAAGCCUUAUUGGUAUUUUGAUGUAUUGGGUCCUCAAGGAAAGGCCUACUGCGUUCCUGCAAUGAUGUAAUUCAGCUUUCCCCAGGUUUAGAGAGUGCUCAAUGAAGGAAAGCGUUAACUUAAACUACUUAGAGAUGAACCAAAGAUUCAAUUUAUCCUCUGUCUGGCGGGGACUGAAAAUUCUUUAGAAAUUGAUUGUCUGUUGAUUACGGUCCCGGACGCCGAGACUCGUUCAGUACACAUGAGAUUGGCAUCUCCUUCAUGAUGUGAAGGUUCCAUAUCAUCCGGGGAGAUAAUGCCUUCAUUUUGAAAUUGAUUUUAAAAUGAGAUUGAUCGAAUUUAUACGUUGAUAUGCCAAAGAUUUUUGUGUCGUGUUUUGAAACCAGGGAUGUGUGUUAUCAUCAUGAAUCUUGGAGAUGAGUUGAAGUUAGAUUUUAGGCCAGUAACAAGUGUUUUUUUGAAACCAGGGAUGUCUUAGAAAAGGGCAAUUUGUCAGAGGCGUCAGAUUUCAGAGUUCAUGUUGAUGGCUUGGACAAUAUACAUUUAUAUGUAUGAUUUUAAAAGGAUAACACAAUUCCUUCAAAUUUUGAAUUUGAAGUUAAAUUUGAGAUUUGAGAUUAUUCAUUGAAUUGUAAAUGAUAUUGAUAUACCCUGUUGGUCACAUUGCCUUACCUGGUUUACUGUACAGAUGCAGUGUUUAUAUCUAUUCACUUUAAGUACAGAUGUAAAAAUCUACACCCACAUACAACAUCAGCCUUUAAAUAUCUGAUUGAUGCCAUACUUGGCCCCGUAACACAUAGAAUGUUUGGCUGAGGUAUUCUACUUUUGCCUACAUUAGAUAAUUUCCAAACAGGAUUUUUGUUUGAUUCACAUGUUUUCUGUAGCUGUAACUGAUUAUAUAGUUGAAAAUUUUCAAUGCCAAUUAAAGAGAUCCAGUUGUGACACAAGUCUUUAUUUAGACUAGCAGUACGUAGAAAAAUAACUAAAUUGGUAAUUUCCUCUUAUGCAGUUCGUUGAGUAUUGAAAUGCAACGUUAUGUGAUGUUACAUAGAUGCCCAGCUCACAUGAGGGGAACUUGCUACUGUUAAGGUUUAUCAAUAAAAGCUUAUUCCCACCUUAAGUUUUAACCAGGCCGUUUAAAACUCCCCAUUUUUAUAAGCGUUUCAUGAUAGGUUUCCUUUAAAGGCCUACGCUGUUCGUUAAAAAUUUUGAAUUUGUAAUUGAAUUUGAAUACUUUCAAUUGCGUAAAUACACACUGAAUAUAAUUUUCAGCAUUGCCUUGUGUAGGCAGAUAUACAAAUACUAUAAAUACCAAUUUUUAAGAAAUUUGUAUUCAUAAUAACUGCACUAUGGCAUUGUACGAACGGCGCACCUCUUUAAGGAAUAGAGAAACAGGACAUCUGCCGGCCAAUAGUACGUAAAGAAGCUCUCAGAUAUGGGUGAAGUGCUGUUGCCCUACGCCUAUGCUGAUCACGUACGUUGUAUUUUUUCUCUUUCAUAAGCAAAUAGAUGUAAACAUUGCUGCUUAACAGUAACCAGACAUGAUUUUGAAAAAUCCACUUCCAUCCUGUGCCAACCUAACGCAAACGUCGAGCGUACAUCAUUUUGGAAAGCUGGAAAUGAUGCUAGUGGUGACAUCUGCAAUAAUAUGGGUUCAGCUGAAUUUGCUUAUUUUCAAGGGAAGGCUAUUUUGAAGGAAGGGGGAUUUGCUUUGGAAAUGGAUAUUGAAGAAUAAAGUUCUCUCACCUUCAGAGUGUUGCUUGGACAAUGUUGGAUAUUCAAAGGCCUGUUUUAUUUGUGUAUAUUGUUUCCAUGUAGCCCUCUGGAAGUGUCAGUAUAAACUUCUCUCCACAGGUGGCAGUCAGUUAGUUUGAUGCAUCAGGCAUGAUAGUUCUGUGUCCUGCUGUUGCCACCUUCGGAGAUGGUGUACACAGCAUUUCCAGGGUGCCACAUGGAAGCAAAUCCAUGAAUGACGAACAUGGUGUUAUAAGUUGGUUAAUGUCAUCAUUAAGUUAUACAUGUUGCCUGAGCUUUCCCAUGAAGUUUGUUUACUUAAAAAAGUCUUCAGCUCUUUGAUGGCUGUUAGGGAUUGCAGAUGAGAAAUGGUGACCUGAGAGUUUGAUAUGGGUUGUGGUCAACCAUGGAGGGGGUGGGGCAAAAAUCAUCUAUGAUGAAGGUCCAAUUGGGAAUGCCUGGCCACCACAGUAAAACUGCGUUUCAGUCUUCUCUGAUGAGACCACUUAGCACAAAAAGCAUUUGUGGCACAUUAAAGAGUGAAAUCAUGCUCCAUGUUCAACAUUAUGGAGCUAACCAUUCCACAGCAUUGCCCAUAUGAUGACUGAUGUGUCCUUCAAAUUUCAGAGCAUUUGGUUGAAGAGUAAAACUUUGAUGACAAAAAAUGUCCAAAAAUUUGUCAAUGCAUUUUCAGUUAAAUUCCAAACUUUGUAGCCUUGGGAUUUUUCUCAAAAUGGCAAAAACGAAUAUAUGUCUUUUUGCGAUAUAGCUUAACUCUUCAUGUAGGGCCUACAAUCAGCUGAAAGGGCUACAGAAACAAUAAAGAACCUCAUAGAGCUGUUUUGAAUUUUUCUGUUUUUAUGACAUUCAUGUCAUUUGAAGUGGCAUAUUGAUAAAGGAUUUCUCAAAACUUGACUGGUUGUAAUUUCCUGCGUUAUAUUGAUAUUAUCUUGAUGUGAAAAUAUUUCCUUUUAUACACUGAAAUACAUGUAUAUCUUGGGGCUUACUUCAUCAUGUCAUUAUGGUUGAACUGCUGCCCGACAUACAAGUUCAACUUCACUUCGACCAAUUGGGAAAGCUAAACAUUAUAACUGGUCUUUUAUGAGACACCCUUCUGUUUAAAAGAAUUAUUCCUUGCACUUUGACAUGUUUAAGCUGAUUGUGAUUUUGUUGUUUUCUGUUGAUGCUGUUGUUGACUUUGUUGAAUUUUAUUGAAGAUUUCUGAAUGCGAAAUAUACUCAGUAAGUUGUACAAAAUUCAUAUAUCAAAUAUAUGUGCUUCCAAAGGAAACUGAAUGAAUA